AACUCAAUUUAUUUAGCACAAAAUUUUCAGGAAAAGUGAAUUCUUUAAAAACAAAAUAAACUGAUUCAAAUGAAAUUGUGUAAAUUUUGAUGUUCAAAUAGUGCAUAUCUAAAGCAUAUAGAAAUAAAUAAAAGUCUUAAACUUAAAGUAAUAGAGAAAAAUUCACCAUGGAUAGAUUUCUAAAAUAUCUUUUCAUAUCAAUCUACUCGAUUAUUUCCAUAAUAAUAUUUCAAAAAGUGUUCGAAACAUCAGGUGAAGUGAUUGACGAGCUCUUUCACAUCCGACAAGGAUUAAAAUACUGCCAAGGAAAUUUCUCUGAGUGGGAUUCAAAGAUUACAACGUUUCCAGGAUUAUAUCUACUUUCAUCUUUCAUCCCAACAGAAUAUUGUGAGACUUACACACUCCGGCUUAUUCCUUUGAUUUGUUCUUUCAUCAAUAUUUUACUGAUCUAUGAAAUCAAAUCUUUAAUUUUGUACGACGCUGAAAAGGAAAACAAUCAUGAUGUGCUUUUGGAAACAAUGGCAUUAGCCACAUUACCACCGAUGUACUUCUUUAGUCAUGUCUACUAUACCGACGUUCCUUCAAUCACGAUGAUCCUUUUCAUGCUUUUAUUCUCGAUUCUUAAACAUCACAAAUUGUCAGCAAUUUUCGGAGCUUUCAGUGUCAUUAUGAGACAAACCAACGUCAUUUGGGUGGCAGGAACAUUAGGAGUUCAUUUAAUUGAUAAAAUGAUGUUGAAGAUUUAUCCGAAAAUGAAAAGAGAAACAGCAACUUUCGACAAUUUCUUGUUUGCUUUGAAAUCGCAUUUAAAGCAUCCGAAAAUUCUUCUUGAAUUCAUUGUGGGAUCCAUUUCGGAGUAUUUUGGAUACUUUGUUAUCAUUUUCAGCUUCAUGGCAUUUGUUUUUAUCAAUGGAUCAAUUGUUGUUGGUGACAAAACAGCUCAUGAAGCAUCGAUUCACAUCCCGCAACUUUAUUACUUCAGUUUAUUUGUACUUGUCUUUGGAUGUUCGUUAUGGUUGCCUCAACUCUUCAGACUUCACAAGAUUUUCAGCAGUUGGAAGUGUUUGUUAGGAAUAUUUCUUCUGACUCUGUUCAUGAUUUUAACUGUAAAGUACAACACGCUCGUUCAUCCAUAUUUGUUAGCAGAUAAUCGUCAUUAUACGUUCUAUGUUUGGAAGCGAUUUUAUCAACGACACGCACUUGCAAAGUAUGCAAUAAUUCCUGUUUACAUCUUUGGAUUGUCAACAAUCUUCACUUCCAUGGAUGGAUCGAUUGGAUUUAAAAUCUUUUUCGUACUAUCAACAAUCGCGACUUUGUGCUUACAAAAGUUAAUUGAAGUGAGAUAUUUUUUAAUUCCUUUUCUUUUAUUAAAACUCAACCGUAAAUCAGUGACAAAAUCCUUAUCAUUACUUGAACUUCUUGUUAAUAUUUUAAUUAAUCAAAUCACUUUCAUUAUCUUCUUUCAAGUACAAGUCCGUUGGAAAGAUUUUAAUGAAGUUCAAAGAAUCAUUUGGUAAAUUCGAUUAUAAGAAAAUGUUUUUGUAAAUAAAAUGUUAAUUUUUUAAAUCGCAUAAAUCAGUACAUAAAUCAUCAAAAUAAAAAUUUUGUUUAAU